ACUUCAAUCAAAAAAGCCAUUUAGAUCCAAUAACAUUCUGAUCAGGAGACUAAGCAACCAAAUCCCAAGUGCCUUAACAGACAAGUGUAGUGAAUUCAUCAAACAUAGCCUGCCUCUAAUUUGGAUCUUUCAAAGCCUGAGAGACACACAAAGGUUUUACUAGAUUUUGACUAAAGCCUAUGGUGGCAAGGAAUAAUUGUUUGGGUUUAAAGAUUAAGUUUUGAGAUCGUGUUACCAUUGGGUGAGUAUAGACAAGAGGAAUGUGCUUGAGUGGACUUGGCAAGGUGGCGAAUGCUGGAAUUUUAGCAGCAGUCGAAGCCAGUGAGUUGUCGGAAGAGGAUGAAGAUGGAGAACAACUGGAGCAGGGAGGACUUGGAUUGUGGAUUUGGAUGGAGGUGAGGAUGGGGUCGAACAUUAUUGGGCUAUGGGAUGGACUUGAUGUGUGGGUGGGUUGUGGUGUGGAUGGGCUUGAGUUGGUGGUGGAGUUUGGGCUAGUGAAUUGGAAUGAAGGAUGGGAAUUUCUUGAGGUGACAUUGCUGCAGGGAGACAAGAUAUGCUCCUCAGGGCAAGACGGUGAAUUAGAUGAUGAACGUAUCUCACUAUUAGUUUGCAUUGGUCUUGGCAUUAACCAAGUUUUCAUAUUAAUUUGAUUGGAAGUGCACAUAGAAUUUAUUUUAAAAGAAAAGAAAUUUUUAUUGAAAAUAACAUGAUGUGAGUAAAAAAUUUUUGGGAUUCAAGAUCAAAACAUUUAUAAUCAAGAUUUUCUAUGGAAUAACCUAAGAAUAAAUAAAGACGUGAUUGUGAU